AUGGCAACCAGAUGCCCAUCGUCAUACAAGAAAUAUGAGAUCAGAAGGAGAGACCCAGAUCCCAAAUUUUCAGUUCUUUUAGUAGUUGAUGCACAGAACUAUUUUUCUUCCAUGGUCAAACCUAUCCUACCUAACCUUCUUCAAACCAUUGACCUCUGCCGCCGUGCUUCCAUCCCCGUCUUCUUCACGCGCCACCGUCACAAGUCUCCUGCCGACUACGGCAUGCUGGGUGAAUGGUGGAAUAAUGACUUGAUUAUCGAUGGCACCGUUGAAUCUCAGCUCGUGCCAGAGAUUAAAAGGCUAGUGUUAGGGAAAGAUCACGAGGUGGUGGAGAAGAAUACGUACAGUGCUUUUACAAACACGCGCCUCCAUGAACGGUUAUUGGAGAUGGGUGUUGAGGAGGUUAUUGUGACGGGUGUUAUGACUAAUCUGUGCUGCGAAACGACGGCGCGUGAUGCGUUUGUGAGAGGGUUUAGAGUGUUCUUUUCUACAGAUGCGACUGCCACGUCGGAUUUGGAGCUGCAUGAGGCUACAUUGAAGAACUUGGCUUAUGGAUUUGCUUACAUGGUUGAUUGUCAAAGGCUAGAAAAUGGAUUAUUUAGAAACUAAAGGGUUUGUUUUGUAAUUUGGUUAUGGAAAAAGAUAAAUUAUGUACAUGAAAUAAAUUAACUUUUCAUUUUAUAAGAA